AUGGCUCAGCAACAACAAUCAUACUACGAGCUGUAUCGUGGCAGCAGUCUCGGUCUUUCCCUUACGGACACACUGGAUGACUUGAUUAACGAGGGCCGGAUUGAGCCUCAACUGGCAAUGAAGAUAUUGUCCACCUUUGAUAAGGUCGUCACAGAGGUCUUGGCCGAGAAAGUCCGAGCCCGACUUACGUUCAAGGUACAUGAUCCACAAGCGCUUGUCUGGGAUUACGCGCGCGAAGGCUCAGGUCUUUGUGUUCCUAUCGAGGGCCAUCUCGACACCUACCGAUUCUGCGAUGAAGUCUGGACAUUCCUUAUCAAGGACGUGACCUUCAAACUCGACAACCAGACCACCGUUUCCGCCGAACGGGUGAAGAUUGUCAGCUGCAACAGCAAGCGCCCUGGCGAGACCUAA